CAGGGGCAAGAUAAGGCAUCCCGAACUGGGACUAGCAGGACACCGGGUGGGGGUUAUUAAGGCUGGGGGUGGAAGAUGCCCAAGGUAUUGGGGUCAGAGUGGCAUUAGCCCAGCUCAAGUCGGGUGCCGCUGACGCAGCAUCCUGGCCGGGCCAACCCCAGCCCCGACAGCCCUGCACUGCCUCUGGCAGAGAUGGGAGAUGGCGCCAGUGCUGCCCCUGGUGCUGCCCCUCCAGCCCCGCAUCCACCUGGCGCAGGGGCUCUGGCUCCUCUCCUGGCUGCUGGCACUGACCAGUGGCCUCACCAUCCUCUGUAGUGGGCACCUCCUGGUCCAGCUGAGGCCCCUUGGCACCUUCCUGGCUCCCUCCUGCCCGUUCCCUGCUCUGCCCCAGGUUUCCCUGGCAGCAGGGGCAGUGGCUCUGGGCACAGGCGUGGUGGGUGCAGGAGCCAGCCGGGCAAGUCUGGAUGCGGCUCGAUACCCUCCCUGGCGAGGGGUCCUGGGCCCGCUGCUGGUGACCGGCACUGCCGGGGGUGGAGGCCUCUCGGUCUUCGCCCUGGGGCUAGCCCUAGGUUUGCCUGGGAGUCUGGGCGAAGGGCUAGAGGAGGGCCUGGGGACUGCCUUGACUCGCUACAAGGACACAGAGGUGCCCGGACACUGUCAUGCCAAGCGGCUGGUGGACGAGCUGCAGCUGAAGCACCACUGCUGCGGGCGUCAUAGCUACAAGGAUUGGUUUGGGAUCCAGUGGGUCAGCAGCCGCUACCUGGACCCCAAUGACCAGGAUGUGGCUGACCGGAUCCAGAGCAAUGUAGAAGGCCUAUACCUGAUCGACGGGGUUCCCUUUUCCUGCUGCAACCCCCACUCACCCCGGCCUUGCCUGCAAAGCCGGCUCUCAGAUCCCUACGCCCACCCCAUCUUCGAUCCCCGGCAGCCCAACUUAAAUCUCUGGGCCCAAGGGUGCCACGGGGUACUGCUGGGGUAUCUGCAGGGCUUGGCAAGCACCCUGGGCAGCAUGCUGGCUGUCACCUUCCUGCUACAGGCUCUGGUGCUCCUGGGCCUGCGGUACCUGCAUACGGCGCUGGAGGGGCUCGGCGGGGUCAUCGAUGGGGAAGGAGUGACCCAGGGCUAUCUCUUUCCUGGUGGGCUGAAAGACACACUGAGAACAGCCUGGCUGCAGGGAGGGGUUGCCCACAGGCCAGCCCCUGAGGAGGCCCCACCAGAAGAGGCACCUCCUGAGGAGGGUCUGCCUGCAGCCUAGUGGCCUGGAGCUUGGGGUGAGGUGGGGGCAUAUCUGGAAGCCUCACAACCCCUUACCAAGGCUCCCAGUGAGGGUCCCUGGGAUUAGAGGGAGGAGAGUAGUCAGCCAGCUGAACUGGAGUGAGGGAGGAAACCAGGAGUCCUAGGACCCAGAUCUAUGUGGCAGAAACCACCAGGGAAGAGAAGGAAACUGGGUGAUGGGAAGUGGCAUGGAAAGGACUGGA